GCUACCAACCACCACCAACACGCUGCAAACCACGCCGUCGCCAUACACCACCGUAUACGAUCGCUCUUUCGACACUCACAUCCGCGUACGUCUUCCGAUCGUCUGCGCAAGAAGCCGAAAAAGCCGACAGCAUGAUUACACUCUGGACUUUCAACGCAGUGGCAUUCCUCUGCAACUGGGCGCUCGUGUCUUCUUCGAUUUUGACGCCAAAAGAUGACGGCAGUCUAAGGAUCUUUAAAGAACCGCUGAACGAAUUCGAAUACAUGGUUAAAAGACACGGUAUCGACGAACGUAAAGAGGACGCCGAGUCCAAAGAGAGACGCAGUACGAGUUCCUCCUUCAUUAGAUUUGGACGGGCCUUCAAUACCGUUGAUAACUCGGCAGCCGAAACUGAUCCGAAGGUCAGCAGGCAUCCGCGAUGGAAGUCGCCGGACAUCGUCAUCAGAUUCGGUCGGUCCAACCUCAAGGCUAACGGCGAGCAACUCAAACGCGAGAGAAACGAUCUUAAUUUCAUUAGGUUUGGUCGCAAUAUACAAGUGGUGCCGACUGAUCUGAAUUUAUCCGCGAUGUGCUCGGCACUCAUGUCAAGCAGCGUGGCCAGCGACGCAGCCUUACAUCCGGAUGUGUCGAGACUGUAUCGUCUCUGCAACAGUCUCGGCAAGAUCACCGGCGAUAUCAGCUUGGACACCUUCGAGGACCAGCUCGAUCGUCGCGAGUGAACCGGUGCUGCUGUUACCCGAACUCGUCCGAAAUCCGGGAUCGUUCCGUACAGAUUCACCGAGGAUUCGAUGACGGACGUCAACGAGAAUCACAGCAUUCCCGGUUUAUCGAACCGAUUAAGCCGCGACCGAGCUGCAUUUGGCUUUGAGAUGAUAAUCGGAUCGCGUUACUAUCAGCGCGCUUGUACUUAAGCGGAUUUUAAACAUUCACUCAUAAAACAAAUUCUGUUGUAACAAAUUCCCACAAGAAUCUGUUAUAAAAUUAUAAAAAAAAAAAAGAUAAUGGGAUCUAUUCACAGAAAGUUUUGCCUAUUGUUUCAUCGUCAAUCGAAAUUAAACGCAACGUCUGCCUCUAUAAUUUUUAUUUGUAUUUAAUUUUCACUUGUUGCUUGCCUGAGAGAAAGAGAAAUUAAAUCCGCAUAAAAUUUGAUAAUUUUAAUACACUGUUAAUAUUAGCAAUUUACAGAUUGUACAUAGUUUAUGUCUUGUGUCACGAAUUGCAUGUUCGACACUAUAAAGCGAUCAGUAUUCUUUAAGCUGCAAAUUGCGAAAAGGUAUCUUUGAAAUUGCCAACAACACAAAACAGAAAUGCAUUUACGAUAUAUUAUUCUAAUUUAUUAUUUUUAUGACAAUAUUCCGCGCAACGUCGAGGCUAUUUAUUCGUCAUCAUUCUACUUGCUUUUGUGGUAAAUGUAUCAAUCCUUAUUGAACUAUAUGCACAUAUAUAAUGUUCGCAGAUAAACGUUGUAUCAUUUAUUUUAUUUCAUCUUGAGAGAAAAGAAAAAUGGCGCUAAACAGGGCACGUCAGCAAGCUGAUAGCAAAUGCCGAGCCGCGAAUAUUAUAUCGGGUACAGCGCUGUACAUCCAUCUGUCUCACUAACGUUAUUCAAUGUACAUAUAAACUUGCGACGAUAUCCGUCGUUUCGAGAUCGUUAAUGUAGCCGCAGAUUCGUGUUGUAAUCGUGCGCAUUCUCUCUGUCGCAUCUUCGACGCCUGGCACUAAUAGCGAAUUCGGUUUCGGCGAUGGCAACGCUAAUGGCAACACCAACUGAAUUCGCUCGAGGUUCUCGCACGUCGCAUAAAUAAUAAGUAUCAUAGGAAUAUGUCAAAACUGCACCUAUG